CAUCGUGUACGAGCACAUCAUGAAAUGCCGUUGAUCACUGCCUGCGGCUUGAAGGCUUGAUGGACCGUUCAAGAUCAGAAAUGUGACUCGGAGUAAUUUUGCUGAGGACUAACAUGUCGACAGCGUGGACGGGCCGCGGCACGGAACUCGGCAACUUCGAGCGACCCGGCCGUAGGCUCGGAGCUUCCCCACAGUACUCUCCUCCGGUCCACAAUGUCGUUCGUCGUACUCUCCCGCUCAACACUCCGCCAUGUAAGCAGCACCACACGUUUCUUCUCCACUAGCUUGCGUGCCAAGCGCGAAUACGCCAAUGUCCUUGUCUCACGGCCCAGCCCAGGCGUGGCACUCAUCACUCUGAACAGACCCAAGGCACUCAAUGCGCUCAAUGCAGCGCACAUUCAAGAUAUAUCUGAUGCAAUGAAGGAGGCUGAUGAGGAUGCUAGUGUGGGUGCUAUGAUUCUCACUGGGUCAGAACGCGCGUUUGCGGCUGGUGCGGACAUCAAGGAGAUGAAGGACAAGUCUUUCGCAGAAGCCUACACCACCAACUUCCUAGCUAAUUGGGAAGUCAUCCCUAAACUUAAAAAGCCAGUUAUUGCAGCUGUCAGCGGUUACGCCCUUGGUGGUGGCUUGGAGCUUGCAUUGCAGGCUGAUAUUCUUCUCGCGGCGCCUUCGGCACAACUUGGCCAGCCAGAAGUUAACCUCGGAGUCAUCCCUGGCGGCGGCGGGACCCAACGUCUUGCACGCCUCAUUGGUAAAUCGCGUGCCAUGGAACUCGUUCUCACAGGACGAAUAAUCGGUGCGGACGAGGCAGAACGCUGGGGCAUUGUACGAGUUGUACGAGAGGGUAGUGUCGUCGAUGAGGCCGUGAAAGUAGCAAGUGAUAUUGCAAGCAAGGGACGUAUCGCAGUGGGUGCAGGCAAGGAGGCUGUGAAUGCAGCAUUUGAGAUGAGCCUCGCUGAGGGGUUGAGGUUUGAGAAGCGGUUGUUCCAUGCCUUGUUUUCAACCAAGGACCAGAAGGAGGGUAUGGCUGCUUUUGCUGAGAAACGCAAGGCAGAGUGGACGCACUCAUAAAGGGGCGUUCUGUAUAUUAAGGGGAAUCCCGCUCGUCCGAUUUUUCAAUAUCACGGCCUGAUUUUACAUCACUAUGGUGCCCAGCUGUUAAAGAUGAGGUUAAGCAAUGUCGUUCCGAUUAUCGGCUUAUCGGCCCUUCAGCCAGACAGCGAUGUUCGCAAGCGACCUCAGUAUUUUGUGGCAAGAUUCAACGCCAUUCAUCUUGUUAAGAAUUUCUGGCGGUCGUAUUUCUUCUACAAACGGACUUCGGGUUCGAUUUUGUAAUUACCAAUUUCAUAAGCACAUUGCUGCUGCAGCUACCAGAUUCGCGGGAUACGAGGGUGUAUUUCUUCCAGCUGUAAACGGUGAAAUCAGCAUAAAGCAGCUUGUGCGACAAAGCAGUGGACAACAUUCGCGAAUAUCUCGCAGGUGAGACUAGCGGUGGAUCCCAGUAUAAAGCAG